CCCCCGAGAGAGAGAGAGAGAGAGAGAGAGAGAAGAGAGAGGGGCAUCCGUUCCUACCUGGAGCGCCGCCCAACAUGACUUCGCUGCCGCUGGGACCUCACCACCCCCCGCCCCCGCCGGGCCACGACGCCGCCGCGGCAGCGAACCUUACCCUCGCGGUCCCUCCCCGGGCGGAGAUGGCCGACAACAAGCAAACAUCUGUUGUUGGCAAGAGUGAACAAGUAACUGGUCAUGUCAUCUCCACCACCAUUGGGGGCAAGAAUGGUGAACCUAAGAAGACCAUUAGCUACAUGGCAGAGCGUGUUGUAGGGACUGGAUCGUUUGGAAUUGUCUUUCAGGCCAAAUGCUUGGAAACAGGAGAAGCGGUUGCCAUAAAGAAGGUUUUACAGGACAAAAGAUACAAAAAUCGUGAGCUCCAAUUGAUGCGCUCAAUGGAUCAUCCAAAUGUGAUACCUCUUAAGCAUUGUUUCUUCUCCACUACAAGCAGAGAUGAGCUUUUCCUUAAUCUGGUCAUGGAAUAUGUGCCUGAGACUCUGUAUGGUGUCCUAAGGCAUUUCAGCAAUGGGAAUCAAAGGAUGCCACUUAUCUAUGUGAAGUUGUAUACAUAUCAGAUAUUUAGAGGGCUGGCUUAUAUCCAUACUGUUCCAGGAGUUUGUCAUAGAGAUGUGAAACCACAAAAUAUUUUGGUAGACCCUCUUACUCAUCAAGUCAAAUUAUGUGAUUUUGGAAGUGCAAAAGUUCUGGUGAAGGGUGAAGCAAACAUAUCUUACAUCUGUUCUCGCUAUUACCGUGCGCCAGAGCUUAUUUUUGGUGCAACAGAAUAUACAACGUCAAUUGAUAUAUGGUCAGCAGGUUGUGUUCUUGCUGAGUUACUACUUGGCCAGCCGUUGUUUCCUGGAGCAAGUGCUGUUGAUCAGCUUGUCCAGAUUAUCAAGGUUCUUGGAACCCCAACCCGUGAAGAAAUUCGGUGCAUGAAUCCUAGCUAUACAGAGUUCAGGUUUCCUCAGAUAAAAGCUCAUCCAUGGCACAAGAUUUUCCACAAGCGAAUGCCUCCAGAAGCUAUUGAUCUUACAUCACGCCUUCUUCAAUACUCUCCUUGUUUCCGUUGCUCUGCACUGGAAGCAUGUGCCCAUCCAUUCUUCGAUGAGCUACGAGAACCUAAUGUGCGAUUGCCAAACGGUCGCCCUCUGCCUCCCCUUUUUAACUUUAAGCAAGAAUUAGCUGGAGCAUCACCAGAGCUUGUCACUAAGUUGAUUCCAGAACAUGUGAGGCAACGAUCCGUUCUCAGCUUCUUGCAUCCAGUUGGAACUUAAACAGAAAACACUUCCCAACCAUUCUCAGAAGGCAGACAGAGCCUUAAAAUAGGUUUUCAUGCCUGUGAGAAAGUUUCGGAUAAAACAUGGAAGCUGACGAAGGUGUAGCUUCUGGACUGUUUGGCGGAUCGUUACCCGAGCUUUGUUUCGGGUGCUGUACAAGUGUGAUUACUCAGGAUCAUGCUAAUGUAAAAUGAUGAUUCUGAGCUAAGAUCAAUGGCUAGAGGCAUGGUGCAGGUUUUUUCUUUUGCAGUGUUGUCUGGCUGUUAUUUUCCUGCUACUGGGCUGGUUAUCUUUUCUUGGUUUCUAUUUCAUAGCACCAAGGAAUGAUAGCUUUAAGGUGAAUGAAUUCUGUAGCCUGUUGUGUAAAUGAAAUACCUAAUCCAUGGGUGUUUGGUGGUGUGGAGCUGGAAUUUAGAUAUCCAUGUAUUGCCCCAGUCGAUACAUUUCUUGUACUUGAGACUGCUAGAGGUCUUUUUUUUAUCUGCAAGUGGAAGGACCUAUUCAUUUA